AUGAAACCAGCCGUCGCACAGCGAACUCUGCCUCGCAAAUUUGGAGAGCAGCCUCUCUCUCAGCAACGGCCCAUUCUUCGACCUGUCGGGGUCCGCCCAUACCUCUGGGGAGCAAACUGGGGAACGCUCUUGGCAGGUACCACGUAUCGAAAUGAUCAGCAAAAUCCUCGCCGCGAGAAACAGCAAUGCAGGGCUCGGCAACUCGGUCAUGCCACACCUUGGUCAACGCUCUUCACGCAUUUAUGCGCCCCUGGUCCUCGACCGCGGCCACGCCCAUGGACUCGAGAAGAUGUCGCAGUUUUCCAGCGUCAGUUAUGUCGGGCCAGCCAUCCAAGUCGAAUAUACCCGAUGAUCCGGUCUCGUAAAGGCGCUCGCCCUUGUCAUCAGCCCCGCGCCCAUCGUCCCUAUUGA